AUGAAUCGCUUAUCUGAUGUGAUAGGGUUUCUUCUACUCAUUUCCUUCUUGGUUCUCUGUACAGGAACGGAGCGAGACGUUGUUUUUGUUCUGGACAAAUCAGGAAGCGUAAGUCAGGAUGAUUUCGAGGAUGCAGUGGAUUUUGUUUACAACGUAACAAAAUGGCUGACAAUAGGCCCGUCCAAUAUACAAGUUUCUGCGGUUUCUUACUCCACAAACGUUCAAACAAUUUUCCCUUUGAACACCUACACAAACAAUCAAACGUUACUGGACGCCAUUUCGAAUUUGAAGACAAUAUCUACAGGCGGAGGAACUUACACAUUUUCUGCGCUUGAUCACGUGAGGACAAACGUUCUGACGUCUAGUGGCGGCGCGCGCUCGGGAGUUCCUAAAGCAGUGGUGGUGCUGACGGAUGGACUGUCUGCCAAUAGCCUCCUGACACAGCAAAGGGCGGCGGAACUACACGCCGACAAUGUGGAAGUGUACGCCAUUGGUAUUGGCAAUGCCGCCUCUAACACUAACGUAGAGCUGGCAGAUAUUGCUAGUGACCCCGACUCCUACUAUUUACACACAGUGGACAUGUUCCAAUAUCUCUGUGCUCUUGUUCCGGAACUUGUACCCAAACUAGAUAAUGAGACCCUGAACUCAGACUUUUUCCGCUGUCCAACCCCUGCUCCAACUACUCCAAGACCUUUGACCUUCUUAAAUAAAACAGCAGACGAUAACGGGGAUUCGACAUCCUCUGGUGGAGGUUCGUCGGCUGCAGCAGCUGCCGGUGGAGCGGUGGGUGCCGUGGCCGGAGUGGGACUGGCGGCAGCAGCCGCCUACGGGGCCGUGCAGUACGCAAACUUACUGAAGGAAAAGACCAUUUCUGUGGAAUCUAUUGUUUCGCAAUAUAAAGAAGCACCCCUAGGACAAAGUAACACCAAAUUCCGCCCCACUGGUUCACAGUUCACUGACGCCUUCACUAUUAACAAAGUGGAUGUUAUACUCUCUCCAGCACCACCCCUCAUCACCUUGUGAUU